AACCGCCGACUACUGUGUCAACCCGUCUGAAGCUAGCCUCCCAUUGAGGAAUGCUGGAGCCUUUAACUGUACGUUUUAUCCACCGGUCGGUUUUGUUUCUCUCUACAUCGAGGACUACCUGAAAGGGGGAUUUUUACACAACAAACCAGACUGCAUCCCCACGGCUGAGGCAUCAACUCCAUUUACGUGCCAUGCGCUUCGUGGCAUUGCGAUGUGGAAGGUAACUUAGUCCCCUACACUUCGCCCAUCGCUCCGCCCCAUGUCUGAGGACAGCGAUCCAAAACACUACCUGUACUCAACCCUGGACGGGCACAAAAGGAGUCGGGAAAGGGUCGGCUUCCAGCUGGAGGAAGAGGAAGGCUCUCCCUGCGGCUCCAUCAGCCAACUUCACCGCAUGGCCAACAGUUACAACGAAGGUUGUGGCGGGCAGGAUGGGGCUGAACUGGAAGCAGAGUUGGGAUUGGCCUCUGAGGGGAGUGACAGCAGCCACGAGCACCCGGCUUCACCCGGCUCUCCGCAUGAAGACAGGAAGCGUCCACGCCCACCCUUACAUGAGGAUGUAGAGAUGGGUGGCAGCGGCUCGAGUGGGAGCGGAACAGAAUCCCAUGGCAACGAGUCGCAUGGCAAUGAGUCCCAUGGCAAUGAAUCUGUGGGGAGCUCAAACGGGAAUGGCAAGGAUUCGGCUCUCCUGGAGUCUUCAGGGAGCAACAAGAGCUCAAACUCUCACAGCCCCUCGCCGCCAAGCAGCUCCAACGCCUUCAGUCUGGUGAGCUCCGAGCAGGACAACCCUUCAACCAGCGGCUGCAGCAGCGAACAGUCAGCCAAAGCGAAGACACAGAAGGAGCUCUUCAAGACUCUCAAGGAGCUGAAGAUGCACUUGCCGUCAGAGAAGAGGAGCAAGGGAAAGUCGAGCACCGUCAACACGCUCAAAUAUGCGCUGCGAUGUGUCAAACAGGUGAAAGCCAAUGAGGAAUACUACCAGAUGCUGAUGGUUAAUGACAGUCAGCCGCCAGGGUUUGAUGUGUCGUCCUACACCAUUGAGGAAAUCAACAGCAUCACCUCUGAAUACACCAACAAAAACACUGAUAUUUUUGCUGUAGCCGUUUCUCUCAUCACGGGGAAAAUAGUUUACAUCUCUGACCAGGUGGCGUCCAUCUUAAACUGCAAGCGUGAAGUGUUUAACAAUGCCAAGUUUGUGGAGUUCCUGACACCUCAGGAUGUCAGCGUGUUCUACAGCUUCACCACGCCCUACCGCCUGCCCUCAUGGAGCAUGUGCACCGGAGCAGACUCGUCUCCCACGGAGUGCAUGCAGGAGAAGUCCUUCUUUUGCCGCAUCAGUGGUGGUAAGGAGCGUGAAGGGGAUUUGCAGUACUAUCCUUUCCGUAUGACUCCAUACCUGAUGAAAGUCCAAGAUGCUGAGCUGGCUGAGGAGCAGUUCUGCUGCCUCCUGCUGGCUGAGAGGGUGCACUCUGGAUACGAAGCACCCAGAAUCCCUCCUGAUAAGCGCAUCUUUACCACCACACACACACCUAACUGUGUGUUCCAGGAUGUGGAUGAGAGGGCUGUUCCUCUGUUGGGUUACCUCCCUCAGGACCUGAUCGGGACCCCUGUGCUACUCAAUCUGCACCCGGGUGACCGACCGUUGAUGCUGGCUGUGCAUCGCAAAAUUCUGCAGUGUGCUGGUCAGCCAUUCGACCACUCCUCCAUCCGCUUCUGUGCAAGAAACGGCGAGUACAUCACCAUCGACACCAGCUGGUCCAGCUUCGUCAACCCCUGGAGUCGCAAGGUCUCCUUCGUCAUUGGCAGACACAAAGUCCGCAUGGGUCCUGUGAAUGAAGAUGUUUUUGCACCACAAGCUUUCCACGGAGGGAAGAUGAUGGACUCAGACAUCCAGGAAAUUAGUGAACAGAUCCACAGGCUGCUGCUCCAACCGGUCCACAACAUGGGCUCCAGUGGUUAUGGCAGCCACGGCAGCAAUGGUUCCCAUGAGCAGCUGGUGAGCAUCAGCUCAUCCAGUGAGAGUAACGGUAACAACGCAGCGGGGAAUGCAGUGGAGGAGACAAGCAAGACCAAGCCUCCCAGGACGUUCCAGGAAAUUUGUAAAGGGGUCCACAUGUUGAAGAACCAGGACUCCCAGGUUUGCCUGCGCUCCCCUUCCCCAUCGCCCUCGCCGUCACCAUCUAAGCCUGAGCAGAAGAAGAUCAUUGACACAGGAGCUCAGAGGAGUCCAGCAAUGCGUGUCAAAGACUCUGCCCCCUCCCUUUAUGUCAGAGACAGUACUGUAGCCAGCAUGGAGGACUUUCCCUGCAAAGACCAGACUGUCUGCUCCUACCAGCAGAUCAGCUGCCUCGACAGUGUCAUCAGGUACCUGGAAAGUUGUAAUGUCCCCAUUACAGUGAAGAGAAAGUACCAGUUCUCCAUCAACACCACCUCCUCCAACUCUGAUGAGGAUAAGAAGAGCUCAGAGGAUGGCACGCAAGUGCCUCAGGAUACAAACUCAGACCCUUUGAUGCUGGAUGCCCAGCCAGGCCUGUCAAACAUGAAAGCACCCAAGAAGCCUUCAUCUGGGGCAGCAGCUGUGGUGGGAGGCCCCCUGGCACCCCUCACGCUGCCCAGCAAGGCUGAGAGCGUGGUGUCCAUCACCUCACAGUGCAGCUACAGCAGCACCAUCGUCCACGUUGGAGACAAGAAGCCUCAGCCAGAGUCUGAGAUUAUCGAGGACGUAGCAGAGAGUCCUGCGCCCCCCGCUCUGCCUGUCAGCGUGGUGUCUCCGCCUAGCCAGGAGAAGGAGGCCUACAAGCGGCUGGGACUGACUAAACAAGUGUUGGCUGCACACACUCAGAAAGAAGAGCAGGCCUUCCUCAACCGCUGCAGAGAGCUCCGCAACGCCAGGACCUUCCAAAAGGACUAUCCCACAUACCUGCACAAGCAGAGAGGUCCAGCCAAUGCUGAAGAACCAUCUGGACUACGAGGUGCAACCAAACAGGGCACCACCAGGCCCGAGACCACUGCCAAGAAGGGGAACCGCAACAGGAAGUCCAAGAAGCCACGGAUGAAGCAUCCUGACUCGUCAGACAGCGCCGUAUUAAUCCGCAAACCCCGGCCCCCUCUCCAGGGUCUCAACCAAACCUCGUGGUCCCCGUCAGAGGCGUCCCAGUCAGCUUUUAACGUCUCCUAUCCAGCCAUGGUGCCUGCCUAUCCGCUUUACCCCCCUGCACCUGCCGCCCCAGCACAAGCCCCCCGCCCUGACUCCUCCCUAUCCACAGGCUUUGGAGAGGGGCAGCGCACCCAAGCCCCACCCUCUGCUGCUUCUUUUGCAGCACCCAUUGUUACACCUGUGGUGGCUCUAGUGCUACCCAAUUACCUAUUCCCCCAAAUAGGACAGUUAGGUCAGAUUGGGCAGUUGGGUCCUGCUCCAAGACCACCGUUUUUCCCUGACCAUACCCAGACGCAACCCGCAUUCACGACUCAGCAGCCCUUUCAGCCCCCACAGCCAGCCUACACCAUGCAAACACAAGCCCCCUACACCAGCCAACAGCCAUUCCCUGUGCAGACUGCCUUUACCCCCCAGCAGCAAUUCCAAACCGCUCAGACCCCAUUCACGACCCAGCAGCCUUUCCAGGCCUCACAGACCCCAUACGCUGCCCAACAGUCCUUUCAGACCCCUCAGACUGCCUACACUUCCCAGCAGCCCUUCGCUGCCCAGCCUUCUUUUCCAGUGCAGACGCAGUUUGUGACUCCAGCCACAUAUCCAGCCCAGCCCUUCCCCUAUAGCCUAGCCUCCGAGCCUCCCAAAGCCAUGGCUGUGGAGCCCCGGGAGGGAGGAGCUUCAAGGUCCUCCACCCCAGCCUCUGCGGCGAGGGAGCCCGCCACAUCACCGCCGCUGUUUGAGUCACGGUGCAGCUCGCCCCUGCAGCUCAAUCUGCUGAGCAUGGAGGAGGGACAGCGCUCAGUGGAACGACAGGACGGCACAGCGCCUCUUCUUGGAUGCCUGGGCAUGAGUGCAGCAGCAGUGUCAGCGGCAGCUGGAGCAGCAGGGGAGAAAUGCGGAGGCACUGAAAGCAUCCAGCAGGUGGAGUCUCCAGGAGAUGGUGCCAACAGCGACGGUAACUCCUCCUCCUGUGACUUGCUCGACAUCCUGCUGCACGAGCAGGAGGACUCCCACUCCGGGACUGGAUCAGCCACCUCUGGCUCCAUGGGCUCAGGGUCAGGCUCCGGAUCAGGCUCAGGAUUGGGCUCAGGCUGCAAUGGCUGUGGUACAUCAGCUAGUGGAGCUUCUGGCAGCAGAACAGGGAGCAGCAACACCAGCAAGUACUUCGGCAGCGUUGACUCUCUGGAACACGACCUUAAGGCCAAAGCAAAGACGAGAGGCAAAGAACGCUCUGAGGGCAGCCAGUCGCACACCACGGUCUCAUCCCAAAGCGAGGGUGAUCAUUUCAUCAAAUUCGUUCAACAGGAGCCCCUUUGGCUGUUGAUGGCCAAUGUUGAUGACGAGAUCAUGAUGACAUAUCAAAUGCCAUCUAGGGACAUUCAGAGGGUUCUGCGAGAAGACAAGGAGAGGCUGAGGCAGAUGCAGAAGAGCCAGCCUCACUUCUCCAAAGAUCAGCGACGAGAGCUAGUGGAGGAGCACCCCUGGAUGAGGAGGGGAGGUCUACCUGCUGCCAUCAAUGUGAAGGAGUGUGUGUACUGCGAGGACCCAGCGGUGCCCAUUGAGGAGGACCUGCCUCACAUGGAUAUGGGUGAGCUUGGCGAGGAGUUGGGCCAGAACAGCCAGAGCCAAUCAGAAGAGUCUCAGCCUCAGCCAGAUGCUGGCUCUUGAAGACACACGCCGCCAGCAGGGGGACACACUCAACCAGCCAUGGACCUUCAUAAUGCACACACAGCACACACACCUUGUUGUUUCGAGACAGCUGUGUGCCGGACCAUCCUCACAAACACACACAUACACACGGCAUAAACUCCAGCUGAACUCUGCUGCCAUCGUGGUGAAUAUGAGGAUGUGCGGAGCUCGUGUGUUAUUAGUUGUGAGUUGUGCGGAGGACUGAAGUGCAGUUCUUAAUGCGUCCAUGCAGGAGCAGUUGUGCUGAAUGAGGGUUGGUGCAAACAAAGACCCUCAUAAAGUGCUUUUGCCACCUCUCUCUCUCACACACACACAAUACAUACGCUCCCUCUCUCUCUCUCUCUCUCUCUCUCUCUCUCUCUCUCUCUCUCUCUCUCGUUCACCGAAAGGACCUGGGCCAAGCCGGUGUGGUUGACCUUUGGCCUCCCACGUAUUUUUUUUUAUGUAAUUGUUUCCCACCCUCAGUGUCAAAGGCAGCGCUUUACAGCAACACGAGCAGUUAUUAUUCUAAAAAAGACAAAGUUAAUAGUUAAUGGACCUCCUAUAAUCAUCCUAUUAAUAUAUUUGAUUUGCAAGAAUUUUAUUUUGACAGAAAUGUUUUUAAUAAGCAGCCUGGCAUUGCUGUUUAAAUUCUGCCAGACAUGAGUUUUUGUGGGAUUUUUUUUUGUCAUGGUCCCAUUUAAUCCUCUUAAACCUUGUUUUCCCAUUGUUAACUAUGUAGAAUAGUUGUUGAUGAUGUAGGCUGGGUCAAAGGGCAGGCACCGCCACUUUUGUAUCAUGGAAGAGUUUUUAUACUGCUACUCUCCUCCAAACGGAUUAUUUGCAGCAUCCAGGUUGCACCUUAUUCGGCAGCCAACAAAAUGAAUAUCAACAGUGACAAUCUGAUACAAAGAGCGAGCUAUUCAUUUAACUAAGAAUCGUAUUUAUUUUCUACAAGAUUAUGUAUCUAGAAUAGACUGUGCAAAGCUAAAGCCAAAUCAAUUCCGACAGUUCAUAUAUAUAUAUAUAUACAUUAAUAGUUUACAGGCAUUGGCAGUAAACUCUGCAGGAUAGCAAAGUCACUUUACUCUGACAGCUAUAAACUGGAGUGAGCAGGUCCAUAUUUCCAGAAUAACCUCUAAGUGUUGUAGGCCUCUGCAGACCUGAAAACAUCACUGGUGCUUAGAAGAAGAGGGUGUUAUCAUCGAUUAAACAGCUACUGAAGUAUGUUUUGUAUGAAAAAGUCAAAAGAAGGAAAUUGAUACAUGAAAAGCCGAGGCUGAGAGGAUAAUGGUUAUCCUCUAGUUUAGAAACACAAGGCUGCAGAUCAAAGCUGAAGAGGAUUGAUUGUUAAGCUAAAAAGGUCCUUGGAAUUGGCUUUUAAUGAUGUAUUUUUUUAAGACAGGUGUGACCACGUUACAUUGCAGAAUACUGCAAAAUUUGUUGAGUAAUAUUUUUUUCCUGUCAAAAUGGUGCAGCUCUACUUCAAAAUGUCAUUUUUAGAACAAAUUGAAGCUAUUUCUGGGAUUUAUACAUGACAUCUAUUGAAUUGUUUUUCCCAGAGAUUUUUUUUUAAACAAUUUGGGCAAAAUUCAGGUGUCACCAAAAGAUCUCAUAAUCCUAAAUGUCUGCAGGAGGGCAGGAGCGUGUGCUGCUGCACAGAUCCUGACUGAUUUAAAAGCUGUUGGUCGAAGCGUUGUGUGACACUGCGUUCUCAACAGAGGUCGAUACUGAGCAUCAGCACUUAAAUAUAAGAGUACGGUGGGGAAAUGAACAGCAUUACAGUUGUAGCAAAUAAGGGGACCGUGUUGCCUGAGUAACCUGGCAACCAUGUGAGCCCCUCCUCAUCUAACAUGAAGUAUUAAGAAAACUGUGAUCUGCAGUGGCUCAAUGUAGUCGAGGUAAAACAGGAGGAAUACUGGGAACAACUCUGGUGCUAGGGCAGAGAAACCGAGGCAGGGCUUGUGAAUGUAACACAGACUGGACCAAGAGCAUCUCACUGGCAAAGUUUGUUUUCAUGAUUUGCUUUUUAAUUUCUUGUUCUCUUGUCUGAAUUUUUUUUAUUGGUCUAUUUUUCUAUUUUUUCCCUCUUGUGUGUUUUAUUUUGUUUAGUGAAGGUAAGGAGCUUUUGAGUGUCAUUCGGGAUGCACCCUUACCUCUAAUGAAAUCCAGGUCAUGUUACUGUAAGCAGAACAUAGCAUGUGUAUGCAUGUGGGCGAAGCGCAAUGGACAGAGUGGUCAGAUACUUAAGUGAUUCCUGUUUGUGGACUCCUGUCUGCUCUGUUUGAAAAAAUGCACAGAGAGGACGGGCGCCUUUCACCACCCAUAGCAGCUGCAAUCUGUCUCUGUCUUUUGUCUCUUUUCUGUGCAAAAUGUGUUGACGGGUGGCCUCCAAUGCCCACCUGUGUGUAUACACCGUUAAAAAAGUCAGAAUGAAUGUUGAGAGUACACCAGGUAAUAUUUAUAUUUCAUAAGGCCUUGCAUAGAAAUUGAACACACCGGUGGGCUGUUGGAAGCACCCUGAUCUGUAAAUGCAUACACACGGUACUGGCACAUGAUGUUGUGUAUGGUCAUGUAAAUUUGUUUCAUUGCCACUGUAUGAGAAUGUGGUAUAUUAAAAUAGCACAGUUUGUGCAUUUUUGUAGGUAAAAAGAUGUGUUGUUUGAGACAUGUUUGAGAAACAAUGUUGUAAUAAAACUACAGAAAUAUAA